AUGGAGGACGAAGCUCUGAAAGAUGCCCAUGAUAAUUUGCAGUACGGAAGCUUCGUCAAAACUCCCCCGACCACAAAAGCAGACAUGAAUGACGAUGGGCUCUUUGGACUACCGCCACCGGCCAUACAGGACCGACCAUCAGAAUCGCGAGAACCUCAGAAGCCCUCAGGCACUGUGCGGAAGCAAAUGAGCCGUCUUUCAGCGCCUCGCAGUGCAUCGGCAGGGUCUGUCCUGGCAGCGAAGAGGAACAGUGAUCCGGACGCGCAUUUGCUGCCGAAGCGCGCCAUGGCUGGGCAGGUCUCCCAACGUCCUUCGCAGUUGAGGCGACUGCUAUCACACGGCCAAGCAAUAAACUCGAGGCUCAGCCCGAACAGCAGGAAUGGCGUCAACUUGCAGCCUUUUGAUCUUGUCAGAGAGAGGGAAGCUGAGUUCUACCGUUUCAUGGACUCGGAGCUCGCCAAGGUCGAGACCUUUUACAAAAUGAAGGAAGAGCAGGCUGGAGCACGGCUGGCGGUUCUGAAAGAACAGCUUCAUGAGAUGCGCAAUAGACGGAUCCAAGAGAUUGCGCACAAUGGGCAAUCAGACGACCCGGUGGAUGGGGUGCGCGGGGGAAGCGACAAGGAUCGGUUGAUCCAGAACGGGAUCUUGCGGCCCAUUAAGAGAAAAAUGUUUCCGCCAGGUCCCAACAGCAAGGCCUUCCAGAUCAUGCCUCGCACCCCGCUGGUCGGUAGCUCUGGCCCGGGCGACGGGGGGCGUGAUUACAGUCGACGACCGCAGGAUCACGAUGUGUCGUAUCGGACGGCGAAGCGCAAGCUCAAGCUCGCUCUCCACGAGUUCUAUCGAGGUCUUGAGCUGCUCAAGUCCUAUGCGCUGCUCAACCGGACUGCCUUUCGAAAGCUCAACAAGAAGUUCGACAAAGCCGUCAAUGCACGACCGCCAUAUCGUUACGUGAACGAAAAGGUCAACCAUGCCUGGUUCGUGAGCAGUGACGUCCUGGAGGGCCACAUUAAGGCCGUGGAAGACCUCUACGCACGUUACUUUGAGCGCGGCAACCACAAGCUUGCGGCCGGCAAGCUUCGAAGCCUGACCAAGAAGCAACCUGAGCAGUCGGGCUUGGCAUUCCAGAGCGGGUUCCUCAUCGGCACCGGACUGGUGUUCGCCGUCCAGGGCACGGUCUACGCCGCACAACUACUCGAGCACGAAGAUGGUCAGCUACGGCAAGAGACGAGCUAUCUCUUACAACUGUACGGCGGAUACUUUCUCGUGCUCGUUCUCUUUGCGCUCUUUUGCCUAGACUGCAUGGUCUGGACCAAGAGCAAGAUCAACUAUCCCUUCAUUUUCGAGUUUGACCAGCGACACCACAUGGACUGGCAGUCGCUGACCGCGUUCCCGAGCUUCUUCCUUUUGCUCUUUGGCGUUUUUACGUGGGCGAACUUUAGCAGGUACGGCCCGGAGUCGCUGUAUCUGUACUAUCCGGUGAUCCUCAUCGGACUCACUGUUCUCAUCAUACUCCUGCCAUUCCCCGUCCUCGCCUACAGGUCGCGGAAAUGGCUUGCAUAUUCUCAUAAUAUUGAGCUCUUCUGCUGUUUGUACGCCAACGAAUGGGAGAACCCCGUCCGCUGUAACUCGAGUCACUCGCGUCUGAUGGGCUUCCUCGCUGCCCUACCGCCGAUAUGGCGGUUUCUACAAUGCAUCCGGCGGUACAGGGAUACAAAGAAUAUCUUUCCUCACCUCGUCAACUGCGGUAAAUACUCCAUGACCAUCAUGGCUGCUGUCACACUCUCGAUGUACCGGAUAUAUGGCACGCAUGCCAAUCUCGCGCUGUUCAUCACCUUUUCGCUGAUCAACAGCAUCUACUGCUCGAUCUGGGACCUGUUUAUGGAUUUCUCCCUGGUCCAGGCAGACUCAAAGUACUGGUGUCUCCGCGACAUACUCGCUCUGAAACGCAAGUGGCCGUACUACACAAUCAUGGUCAUUGAUCCGAUCAUCCGUUUUGCCUGGAUCUUUUACGCCAUCUUUACGCACGACCGGCAGCACUCCACCAUCGUCUCCUUCUUGGUGGCCCUGAUGGAGGUCCUCCGUCGUGGUGGUUGGGCCCUGUUCCGCGUGGAGAACGAGCAUUGUGCGAACGUAUCGCAGUAUAAGGCCUCUAGGGACGUGCCGCUGCCGUACAGGAUCGAGCCACUGAUGGACCGCGCCUCAUCCGAUACAUCACCAACAAUCCCCGCUGGCGAGAGCGAGGCACCACCUCCGGCACAGCAGGAAGAGGGCGGCAUCACUGCGUCCUCCACUGCCGUGGGCAGCACCUUUAGCAGGGCUGGUCUUCGCAGUCGCGCGCAGACAUUGACCGGCCGCACCUUUAGCAGGAUCAUAUCAGAAGCGCACAAGCAAGAUUUCGAGAAGAAGAAGCGUACACCACAGGAGCAGGAAGAGGCGGACGAAGCGGGUGCAGUGGGUGAUCAAGUUGAUGACGAAGAAGAUGAUGACGAGGACGAUGUCGAUGAGGAGGAGGAGGACUUUGAAUUGGACAUGGCGAACGAGCUGAGGAGACAAGCGGGGCGGUAG